AUGUCUUUUUUUAAUAAUCUUAAGAAGGUGCUGCACCUAGGCAGUGGCAACGAUGCGAAAAAGAAGAAGGUAUUCAACAACAUCAGGGACAACUUUGAUCCCUCGGAGAACUGGGAUAUGGUCGGCGAGCUCGGCGAUGGCGCUUUCGGCAAGGUAUACAAGGCCCAACACAAGGUCACGGGCCAGCUGGCGGCGGCCAAGAUGUGCGUGCUCGACAACGAAGACGACCUGGCCGACUUCACGGUGGAGAUAGACAUCCUAACCGAGGUCCGGCAUCCUAACGUGGUCGAGCUACAUGAGGCAUACUUCAUAGACAAUAAGCUAUGGAUGCUACUUGAAUAUUGCGACGGUGGCGCCCUCGACUCCGUAAUGGCAGAGUUGGAGAAGGGUCUAAACGAAAUUCAAAUAGCGUACGUCUGUCGAGAAAUGUGCCGAGGUCUACAGUUCUUGCACUCCAGGAAGGUUAUACACCGGGAUUUGAAGGCAGGCAAUGUGCUCGCGACCAUGACGGGCGGAGUGAAGCUAGCGGAUUUUGGUGUGUCAGCAAAAAACAAAUCGACUCUGCAGAAGCACGACACAUUCAUAGGCACUCCCUACUGGAUGGCGCCCGAGGUCGUGCUCUGCGAGACCUUCAGAGAUAACCCAUACGAUUUUAAGGUAGACAUCUGGUCACUCGGCAUAACCCUGAUCGAGUUCGCUCAGAUGGAGCCGCCCAAUCACGAGAUGACUCCGAUGAGAGUGUUGCUCAAGAUACAAAAGAGUGAGCCUCCCACUCUGGACCAACCGUCGCGGUGGAGCAAGUCCUUCAACGACUUCAUAGCGAGGGCACUUGUUAAGGACCCAGAAAAGAGGCCAACGGCGGUGGAACUCCUCAAGCAUGAGUUCGUCAACGGCGAUCUGGACUCCAAACCUCUGAGGGACCUGCUCCUCGAGUACAGGGCUGAAGUUGUCGAGGAAGAAGUACUCGACGAUGACUCAGAGGAGCCGCGCAGCUCUCAUAUGCCUAUGGAGGAAGAUGACUCGACGUCUGUCCGUUCCGGCGAGACGCCCGAUGUCAAGAUGUCGGAGGAGCCCCUGGCGGGCAGCACGCCCGUCAGCACGCUGGCGCGCGCGCCCCCCUCGCCCCCGCCCGCCGCGCCCGCCCCCGCCACCCCCGCCACACCCGCCGCCCCCGCCACCCCCACCAAGCGCCCGCACGACGACGAGCACCCGCCUGCCGAUAGGAAACCACACGCACCAAAAAAAGAAAAAGGCCCAGCGCCGCCACCGCCGCCAUCAGUCACUCCGCCGCCGCCAGCGACCCCCGCGACUCUUUCGACCCCAGCUGCGACGCCGGCCGCGACCCCCACUCAGACCCCUGCCCGCAAACAGCCCGCUCCGCGCCCUCCCACCGUCCCUGUUACGACUCCUGCCACCGCCCCUGUUACAACUCCUGCCACUGCCCCUGUUACGAGUCCUGCCCCCGCCCCUGUUACCAGUCCUGCCACCGCCCCUGUUACCAGUCCUGCCACCGCCCCUGUUACGACUCCCGUCACGACUCCCUCGACCACUACAACAACCACACCAGUCCCCGCUCCCCCUCCUCCUGCCUCGCCCGUCAGGGAAACUUCGCCCUCGCACACCGGCAGACUUAUUGUCGACCAGGUUUGCCGGGACGCUGAAAAGGCUGUAGAAAACAAAAAGACAGAAAAUCUAAUAAAACAAGACUCACAAGAGAAACCAAAGCAAGAACCACAACACACAGAAGUCAACAACAUCAAAGAAAAAGAAAAGAGAGAGAAGAAUUAUUCCAGAAGUAACUCCUCAGAAGAAAGGAGAAGUAAGAGUAGACAUAACUCCGUACACGACGAUAAUUACAAACCUUUAAUAGAAGUGAAUAGAGUAAGUGCAGAAGUCAGUAGAUUAGAAAAGAGUUAUUCGAGACAAAGUUCUGUGGAUGAUAAUAGAGUAGAAGAGAAGAGAAAAGAAGAGAGGAGAAAAGAAGAGAAGAAAAUAGAGAGGAGAUCGCAACAGAAUGCUGUAGAAAUUAGGCCUGUUACGCCGCCCCAACCCAAAGAACCAGAUCCGAAGACCAGCACCAGUAAGGAGCCGUCUCCGAAGCCGCGCGCCCCAUCCCCACCGAUGCACACAGUGGUGGUGUCGCCGAUAGUGGUGGCGGUGAACGAGAGCGUGGUGAUGGUGGAGCCGAACAGUCUCGCCGCCACUCCGGCUGGACACGUUACCGUCACCACCACGCACCCGCCCGUCCUCAGUACAGCUGCACCGCUCCCUCCGAACGCCGUGACGAUAUCGACGACCCCUCCGAUAGCUGACGAGGUGGUCAUCGUUGGCGCCGGCUCCUCGUCGGACGACGACUGCUUCGCUCCUUCUUCCUUGGACUCCCUCGACUGUACGAGCUCUUACACCGAGAAAACGCGUGGCCGUCGAUUAGAUAGUAGUGAAGUAUUGAUACUGAGCCCCGCAGCCGCUGGAACUGAUUCGGGAGUCUUUGACGACAGUGCCACUAACGGAUUGAAUUUGGAUACAUCACACGUGUCAGUAGUAACGGUUGGCAACGAAGAGAUACGGGUUCGAGACUCGGCCGCGACGCACAUAGCACUCGGCUCAGUCAGUACAAGAUUAAGUCCCGAUAGCUUCGAAAGAAGGUCGCAGUCGGACAGCGGGUCGGUGGCAUCGUCGUCGUCCCGCGUGGCGCAGGACGCGGACUCGCUCGCCACCAGCGCCACCACCGCCACCACGGCCAGCCACGACGACCAGCUGCACCUCGCGCACCUCAACGUCAACGGCGGCACCAGAGUGAACACGGACAGUCCAAACUUAGACAACGGUGAACAAGUUGUGCUCAGAAGGAAGAACCAGGAUGGACAGCCUGUCAACAGGAUACAAAGGUCGAAAGAAGAUAUCCACAUGGCUAAUCUUAAGAAGAAGACCCGCAAACGUACGAGAAAGUUCGAGAUAGAUGGUGUUGUUGUCACCACCACUACGUCCAAAGUUAUAUGGGGAGAUGAAGAGAGUGGACGCACGUGGGACGACCACGCCCUCCGUAAGCAAGAACUCCGGGAGAUCAAGAUGCUGCAGAAGCAAGAGCAGAAGCAGUUCCAAGACCUAAACGCCAAAGAAGCGCAGCUCAGAGAGCAGCAGGACAAGAGGUUCGAGGCAGAGCUGGUCUCGUUGGGGCGCGCACAUGAAUCGGACCUCGAGGCACUAGCGCGCGCGCAGCGCGGGGCCGCCGAGCGCGCCGAGCAGCAGCUGGAGCUGGAGCUGCGCCACGCCGCCAAGCGCCUGCGCGCCGACCACGAGCGCGACCUCAAACACUUCCGCGACACGCUCAAACAGGAGCUGCGCCUCUUAAAGCAGGAGGUGGAGCUGGUGGCCAAGGAGCGGCGCAAGGAGGCGUACCGGCAGCGACGCGCGCGGCUGGACGCGGAGCACGCGGAGCGCGAGCGCGCCUUCGUGGCGGCGCUGGCCGACGCGGGCGACGCCGUGCUGCGCCGCAUACACGACGCGCACCGCGACCGCCAGGCGCUCGCCGACCGCCAGUACCUGCAGCAGCGCCACCAGAUAAUGCGAACACGGGAAGCUGCGUUAUGGGAGCUAGAAGAGAAACAGAUCCACGAGCGGCACCAACUCGCCAAGCGACUGCUCAAAGACGAGUUCCUGUUGAGAAGACAUCAAAUGCUCGUUCGCCAUGAUAAGGAAUUAGAGCAGAUCAAGAGGAAGAACACGCGCAAAGAGGAGGAGCUGGCGAAGUGCCAGGCGCUGGAGAAGAGGUCGCUGCCCAAGCGCAUCCGCGCCGAGCAGAAGGCGCGCGAGAUGAUGUUCCGCGAGUCGCUGCGCAUCUCCGCGCAGCCGCACCACCACCCCGAGGACGAGCGCGACCGACUCAAGAAGUUCCAAGAGAAUGAGAAACGCAGAUACCGGGCGGAGCAGCAGAGGCUCGCCACCAAACAUGCCAAAGCUAGGGAGGAGCUCAAAGCUGCGGGCGAGGCCCUACUCCGUGAACUGGAACAAUACCAGAAUGAGAAGCGGAAGGCGCUGUUGAACCACGAGGGUAACAAGAUGAAGACCGUCGAGGAGCGGUACAGUUGCGAGCUGAAGGAGUGGAGGGCCACCCUCGGAGACAGGAAACUGAACCUCGUUAAAACGUUCGAGAAGCACCUCGACGAUCACGAGAAAAAGUUCAACAUACCAAUCCCAGACAGAAGCGUCUACCUAAACGCCCCGUGGCCGCAGAAUGUCCUCCAGCACGUCCUCACCGCGUACUACCAACGCAACUCCUUCAUCGGUUCCCUAUCACGGUCCAGGACUUCCUUGAACUUCUUCUCGGCGUCCAACACCCCACAUAUGGAUAGAAGGAGAUCCAUUAGUCCCAGUAAAGCUUCCAAAUCUGCAGCGGCCAGCGCUACCAAUACGACGAAGCGAGGAAAAUUGACCAAAGGACAGCGCUAUGCUUCAACAUCCAAUCUGAAACUGGUGUCCGAUAAAAUAUCCGGAUUCUCCGUUUUCAACUCCAACGAUGAAUGGAGAAGAGAACCCAUUAUGGCGUACGGAGAUAACAGGCAAAUAACAGAGGAGAAAAUGGACAGGAUCAAAGACAAGAAAUUGAAUAGACAAAGCAUGUCGGAACAGUUGUUCAAGCAGGAGGCAAUUCAAGGGAUGAAAAGAUCCAUAUCUCAGCAGAGUUUGAAACAAGACAGGGCAUUAGAGGCCGUGAUGAUUGAUCUACCUUCUCUAGAACCUUCUUACGAUACCCUCAGAAGCGGUAGAAGCGAUCGAAGCGAUAGCACUUACACGAUAGAUUCUACAGAAGAUUUACAUACACAUUUCAGCAGAUGGGGGCCUGUGCGUGGUUCUAACAGUUAUUCAAAUACUGAGGUACCUGCACUCGAUGAAGAGUUCACAGUCCAAUUAGAAGAACAAGAGAGGCAGGCAGCAAAUGCCAGACUGCCCCCACCUUCUUCCACCAUGCCUCAGCACAGCUCGACGCUCCAUUCGUCAAGAACAAGUUUAGCAUCCAGCCAUUACGAUUAG